UGUUUCUCAUUUCUUGGGGAGAGUAACGGCGGGAAGGUCUGUGCCUCGGGCCGGCGUGAGUCGGGAUUUGCAGCUGAGAGGAGAGGAGUCCGGUGCCGCCGCCGCCGCCCCACUCACCUAAAUACCCGGGCCCCUGGGGUUGCAGGCGGGGGCGGGGCUUUGGGGCCAGAUUUGAGGAGGAGGUCUGCUGCGGUUUCCUCCUUCGAAGCCAUUCCCCAAAAUGAGCUUUUCCCGCCCAUUUGCCCUACUUCCUCUCCUCCUCUUGUUCCCAGGGGCCCGUGACCCAUUUUUUUUUUUUUUUUUUUUGAGACCGGAGUCUUGAUCUUGUCGCCCCCUGACCCAUUCUUUUUAUUCUUCUCUACAGCAUCCUUUCAUAUAUUCAUUCAGUCAGCUAAUUUUUAAUCCAGCACAUACUAUUGCAAGCGCUAUUUUAGGCGUUGAGAAUACAACAGUGAACAAGACGACAAAAAUUCCUGCCCUCACGGAGCCUAAGAGCCUACAUUUUAGCGAGGGUAGAACGACCGUAAACAAUGUAUAUGUUAAUAAGUAACUUAUGCACCAUACUGGAAAGUGAUAAAGUGCUAUAGAGGAAAAGAAGAAAUCAUGUAAAGCAAGGUUCUCAGUGACUCCCUAUUUUUUCUGUGGUCACAUUCCUCUUUUCCCUUCACCAAAUAUGCAGGGAAACAAGAUGUGAGAUCACAGCUGGUUUAGUGUUGCUAAUGAACCCCAAAUCCAGGGCAAUGUUUGACACAUUAAGCCAAACAGCAGUUGCACUGUGGGUCAAGAAGGGCCCUUUGGCUGGCACCACCAAAACAUGUGUUCUCCAAAGGAGGCUAGCAUCAACUGGAGCCACUUCACAGCUUGUUUGAGAACUGGAUCUGACCAGUAGGAAGAAACCAGGACAGCAGUGGAAGACUGUUAAAGAAACCUGAGUAAAAAGAUGCAGGAGGUAAGAAGAGGAGGGUCUGUGAUACAUCACAAGGAGGAAGAAGGAGAAGUGAGUCCAAGAAAGAAGGAAAGCAGUGUUGUGCUGUUGGAUGAGAGUUCAGGACCACCAAGCCAGCUGCUUCGGACCCCCCAGGAUACCCAGCUCCCUCAGGAAAGAGCUCUAUUACCUGCUCCAUAUCCUGCCUUCACUAAAGAUGGAAGCCAAGGAAACCUGCCGCAAGCAGAUAUCACACUAAUGAGCCAGGCCCAAGAUAGCAGGAGCAUAUUAUUUCAGGAGUCAGUGACAUUUGAGGAUGUAGCUGUGAACUUCACUAACAGGGAGUGGCAGUGUCUGACCUACGCUCAAAGGCAUCUCUAUAAGGAUGUGAUGUUGGAAAAUUAUAGGAACAUGGUAUCACUUGGAUUUCCAUUUCCUAAACCUCCUUUAAUCUCUCAUCUGGAGCGAGAAGUAGACCCCUGUGUGCAGGAUCCACAGGACAGGGAGUCCCUAAGCUGCUUCUACCCAGUGUCAGCUGACAAGAUGUGGCCUGAGAAUGAAAAGGCAAGUUCACAACAAGAGAUUUUUGAAAAUGGAGAAGCCUACUGGAUGAAAUUUAACAGUCUCCUAAAAGUUGAUUCCCGGGAUUCUGAGGUUAGAGAAGUUUGUGUUCAGGAUGUCAAAUUAGAGAAUCAAUGGGAAACACCUAUAAGGGAGAAACUGAGAGAAGAGAAAGAAGGCUCUGAGGAAGUGACCUGCAAAAAAGGAAAGAACCAGAAAGUGCUUAGUAAAAACUUGAAUCCAAACUCAAAACAUAGUCAAUGUAAUAAAGUUCUUACAGCACAGAAACUCCAUGAAUGUGCCAGGUGUGGCAGAAACUUCAGGUGGCACUCAGAUCUAAUUCUCCAUGAGCAAAUUCAUUCUGGUGAGAAACCCCAUGUGUGUGAUGAGUGUGGGAAAGCAUUCAAGACCAGAAAUCAGCUUUCUAUGCACCAGAUAAUCCACACAGGGGAGAAACCUUUUAACUGCACCCAGUGUGGGAAGGCUUUCAACAGUAGAUCAGCUCUUUGCCGACAUAAAAAAACCCACAGUGGGGAGAAGCCUCAUGAGUGCAGGGACUGUGGGAAGGCCUUCAAGACCAGGAACCGUCUCUGUAUGCAUCAGCUCAUCCACACUGGGGAGAAGCCUUACGAAUGUAACUGCUGUGGGAAGGCCUUCCAGUUUAAGCAUUCCCUUACCAUCCAUGGCAGAAUCCACACUGGGGAGAAGCCAUAUGAAUGUGAGGAGUGUGGGAAGGCCUUCAGUGGGAGUUCAGACCUCACCAAACACAUAAGAAUCCACACUGGGGAACGACCUUAUGAGUGCAGCAAGUGUGGAAGGGCCUUCAGUCAGAGCUCAGACCUAAGCAAACACAAACGAAUCCAUACUCGGGAGAAACACUAUGGGUGCCCCCAGUGUGGAAAAGACUUCAGCAUCAAGGCAGAACUCACCAAACACAGAAGGAUCCACACUGAAGAGAAACGUUACAGGUGUGAGGAGUGUGGGAAAGCCUUUCGUCAUAACUGUAAGCGCAGGGCUCAUGAACGAGAGCACACAGGGGAGAAGCCCUAUCAAUGCAGGGAUUGUGGGAAAACCUUCCAAGAUCAGCACUGCCUUACCAUCCAUCAGAGAAUCCACACUGGAGAGAAACCUUACAAAUGUUUAGAGUGUGGGAAAGCUUUCAGUGGGAAGUCAAACUUGACCAAUCAUCAAAGAAUUCACACUGGAGAGAAGCCUCACAAAUGUGAGGUAUGUGGAAUGGCCUUCCAUCAUAGUUCAGUCCUGAGGCAGCACAAAAGAAUCCACACUGGUGAGAAGCCAUACACCUGCAGUGAGUGUGGCAUGUCCUUCCGUCAGGGCUCAGCUCUGAUUGGACAUAAGCGAGUUCAUACUGGGGAGAAACCUUAUGAAUGUGAGGAGUGUGGAAAAGCUUUUAGAGUGAGCUCAAAUCUUACUGGACAUAAGAAAAGAAAACAUCAAGUAUGGAGAACCCAUGAACUUCAUGGGAGUAGGAAAUCCCUCUCUCCAGUGACUGUUUCUCAGACCUCAGUAGUCAGUAUUUUGACCAGUGCCUGAGUAUAACAAUUCUGUUGUUACUUUCUGUUUUUCCUACGUCUUAGGCUGGUCUUUCUGUCACUUAUAUUAGUUAUUCUUGAUUUCCUGACCCUUAAUUGUGAGAUUCCCCAAAGACAUUGUCCUUUACCUUCUUAUUCAGUAUUUUUUCAGUGAGCACAUUUACUUCCAAGAGUUUAUCAAUCACUUCGUAGUAAUAAUAAACACUUAUUAGUGCUU